AAUUACACUGGUGAAACGAGUAAACAAAGCGAGACACAGGAUUCAGUUGAUUGCGCUGGGCAAACAAAAGAAGUGUUGAAUCCGAACAUUCAAGUGAGUAAUAGAUUUUCCAACCUUAACACUGAGGAAAGUAAUGCAGAUGACGUGGAUGUUACGCAGAAUGACCUUGUUACCGCUCGUACAGAACCAGCAACGAAACCUAAACAAGUAAAUGAGAAAUAUAACAGAAGGCAUCAUACUGGCAGCAAAGAAACGAAGCAAACUUAUCAUCACCCUCGUCCUAACGUUGCUAUCGUGGGAGACUCGAUGCUCAAGCACAUAAAUCCUACACAGCUAAGGAGAAGUACAAGGAGCUUUAACACUCAAAUCAAGACGUUUCCAGGUGCGAAGGUAAGCGAUAUGGAAUAUUAUGUUAAACCUACUCUGGCCCGUACACCAGACCAUUUGAUUCUGCAUGUCGGUACAAACGACGUGAGACAAAGUACACCACAAGAGAUAACAAAUGCCAUAUCCAUGCUUGGGCAACAGAUCAAGAAGGAACUACCUACAACGAAUCUUGCUAUUUCCGAAGUAAUUACAAGAAAUGAUGACCCAAGUCUGAAUACGAAAAUUACAGAACUUAAUACUAAGCUAUCCCAGGUAUGUACCAAUAAUAAGUGGAAGAUCAUUACCCACAGAAAUAUUUCCUCUGAACAUUUGAACCCAUAUGGGCUCCAUCUUUCUAAACAAGGAACAGCUAAAUUAGCCCAGAACUUUACAAACUAUCUAAAAAAUCCUAAUUGACCAUCUACCGAUGCUCCACCCCCUCCACAACCUGUUACCAAUACAAUAAGGCCAGUAAAGCAACCAAACCCUAUUCUUCCUAAACUUAAAGGUUUCAAAGUAGCACAACUUAACAUCGCUAGCUUGCCUAAACACUAUGAAGAACUACUUAUUUAUAUGCGUGAUGAACCUUUCGAUAUAUUGACCUUAAAUGAAACUAGAUUAGACAGUACUUUCCUAGACUGUGAAGUACAGAUACCUGGUUAUGAUAUUGUCAGAUCUGACCGAAACAGACAUGGGGGAGGGGUAGCUAUAUAUAUAAGGACUAUCAUUCCAUAUAUCGUACGUGAAGAUUUAUUACAAGAUACUCUCGAAUUGCUUUGUAUUGAAGUUAGAAAACCUAAAAGUAAACCAGUGCUUAUUUCAACUUGGUAUCGACCACCGAGUGCAAAAAUUGAAUUAUUCCAAAAGUUCGAAAACUUCUUGAAGCAGAUUGAUAAUGAAGACAAAGAUAUUAUCAUAACCGGGGAUCUUAAUUGUAAUUUUAUUGAGCACACUCAAAACCAAGCUACUUCUAAGUUAAUUGAUAUUAUUGAUAUUUUCCAACUGCAGCAACACAUACAAACCCCUACUAGAACUACUUAUAAUUCUUCGUCUCUGAUUGAUUUAAUUCUUACACAUAUCGACGAUGAUAAAACCUUAGAAGCCGGGGUUGUUGACCUUGGGAUUAGUGACCAUAGUCUUGUUUAUAUAUGUCGGAAAAUUAGCAUUCCUAAAGAGCCACCAAAAAUUGUAUUUACACGACAGUUCAAAAAUUACAACUCCCACCAAUUUAAAGAAGAGCUAAGCUACUAUACUAAUCUAGAUCCCACAUCGAAUGAUCCAAAUGUGCUAUGGAAUGAAUUUAAGAACAACUUUCUUACUAUUGCUGAAAAACACGCGCCAGUUAGACAGCGUCGCGUUAAGAGUGAGCAUAAACCAUGGCUGACGAAAGAAAUAAAGCGUUUAAUGCAUCAUAGGGAUUAUCUUAAAAGACAGAGUGUUCGUUUAACAUCGAGUAAUUAUAACGAGGCCUACAAAAGAUGCAAGAAUAAAUUAAAUAAGCUUAUUAAAAAGACUAAGGAAGAAUACUUUAAAACGAAGUUAUCUAAUGCAAAUAAUAGCAAAGAGAGUUGGCAGGCUAUUAAUGAGCUAUUAAACAAAAAGCCCAAAACUACCCAUGUAACACAGCUAAAUGUAGAUGACCAAGUUAUAACUGGAGACACAAAUAUUGCGGACUGUUUUAAUCAGUAUUUUUCAUCCAUCGGUUGUAAACUGUCGAAAAAUGUCCAAAAUAUUAAUGUUGACCCUAUGACAUUUGUCACUCCUACGGAGAGUUCGUUUCAUUUUUCAUGUAUUUCAGUCCAAGAGACUUUUGACGCCUUAAACCAACUUAAUUCAAGGAAAUCACCAGGACUGGACGGCAUAAGUGUAAAACUAUUAAAAGAUACAAGCGAUGUUAUCGCGCAACCAUUAGCCAACAUCUUUAAUCUAUCUCUUCAGACUGCAAUUUUUCCGGACGAGUGGAAAAUCGCCAAGGUAUCACCAGUCUUUAAAGAAGGGAAUAAAACUGAUUGCGGAAAUUAUAGACCAAUCUCUGUAAUUUCUGUGGUUGCUAAGCUGUUUGAAGGGCUAGUGUACAAUCAAUUGAGAACGUUUAUUGCCGACAAUAGCAUUCUUGUAGAGCAACAGUCCGGUUUUCGUUCACAGCACUCUACUGAGACGGCACUCUUAGGUUCGACAAAUGAGUGGUUAUAUAACAUGGACAGUGGCUUAAUCAAUGGAGUCCUGUUCUUGGACUUGAAAAAAGCUUUUGACACUGUCGACCAUGAAAUCUUAUUAAAGAAACUUCACCUAUACGGCAUAAAAGGAACUACUUACGCAUGGUUUGAAUCUUACAUCCAAAAUAGGAAAUCGAUUUGUUUAAUGAAUGGGAAAAAAUCACAUGCUAGAGAAAUUAGGUGUGGGGUACCACAAGGUUCUAACCUUGGCCCCAUCCUAUUCCUCUUGUAUAUUAACGAUCUACCUAAGUGUCUAGAAACAACCAAGGCUAACUUGUUUGCUGAUGACACAAAUCUUUCGUGUGCCGGCUUAGAUGCCAAUGAAAUCGAGACUAAACUUAAAAGAGAUCUUGAGAAUGUUCAUAGUUGGCUUAGAUGUAACAAGCUCACGCUAAACGAUAGCAAAACGGAAUUUAUGAUAAUUGGCUCUAGACAUCAUCUUACUAAAUUUGAAGACAACCCAGAGAUUUCAUUAGCCAUACGAGAUAAUAAUAUUAAACGGGUCACCAAUAAAAAAUCUCUUGGUUUUAUCAUCGACGAUCAAUUAAA